AUGAUUAGCGGUGAAGUAGCAUUUGUUAACGAUACCGCAUGUGAGGCCAGUUCGUGUCUAAGCGAGGAAAAAAGCAAAGAUAAUAGUUGCAAUCCACCGAAAUCAGAGAACGAAGUAUGGGAAGGAAUCGGCAUUAGAAACAGAGGUAUAGAUGAGGAGAUGUAUGUAGGGCUCCGAGAUGCCGAACCGGGAAAGACCCCCGACAACGGCGACUUAUCAGCGAAUCGGCAGAUCUCGGUGCGACUGAAAUCUACUGUAGCCCGAAGAAUAUCAAUAUUCGGACGUGACUCACUGGGCAAGAUACCGUAUAGCGGAAAUGAUUAA